AUGGCAGAGAAGCUCACGCGUAUUGCUAUCGUGAACGGUGAGCGAUGCAAGCCGAAGCGCUGCUCGCUGGAGUGCAAGAAGAGCUGUCCGGUCGUACGCAUGGGCAAGAUUGGCUGCCUGGAGGUGACGUCCAAGAGCAAAAUCGCCAGCAUCUCGGAGAUCCUGUGCGUGGGCUGCGGUAUCUGUGUGAAGAAGUGCCCGUUUGACGCCAUCCAGAUCAUCAACCUGCCCAAGGAGCUGGAGAAGGAGACCGUGCAUCGCUACGGGCCCAACUCGUUUAAGCUACACCGUCUCCCGGUCCCGCGCCCGGGGCAGGUCCUUGGCUUGGUGGGUACGAACGGAAUUGGGAAGAGCACCGCGCUUAAAGUCCUCGCCGCUAAGCUCAAGCCCAACUUGGGGCAGUUUUCCUCUCCGCCAGACUGGACUGAGAUCCUGAACAACUUCAGGGGCAGCGAGUUGCAGAAUUAUUUCACAAAGGUCUUGGAAGAUGAUAUCAAGGCCAUUAUUAAGCCGCAGUAUGUCGACGCUAUUCCGAGGGCAAUCAAGGGCGAGGUGGGAGAAAUUGUUAACAGGAAGGACGAGAGAGAUGUCGCCGAUAAAAUCAUCAAUGAGCUACAGCUCGGAGGUGUCCUCGAUCGCGAAAUUAGCGUAUUGAGCGGAGGGGAGCUGCAGAGGUUCGCGCUUGCCAUUGUUGCUGUGCAAGAGGCCGACGUGUAUAUGAUUGACGAGCCAAGCUCAUAUUUGGAUGUGAGGCAGAGAUUGAAGGCCGCAGGCGUCAUUCGAGGUCUGCUCGUCGAGAGAAGCAAGACUUAUGUUAUUGUUGUCGAGCAUGAUCUUGCCGUACUUGACUACCUCUCCGAUUUUAUCUGCUGUCUCUAUGGCAAGCCGGGUGCGUACGGUGUUGUUACUCUUCCAUUUUCUGUUCGAGAGGGGAUCAACAUUUUCCUAGCCGGCUUCAUCCCGACGGAGAACUUGCGCUUUAGAGAGACGGCUCUUCAGUUCAGAUUAGCUGAGACUGCCGAUGAUGACGAAGAGGUCGAGCAUCACCAUCUGUACAGCUACCCAAAAAUGACAAAGACGCUGGGUUCGUUCAAACUUCGUAUUGAACAGGGCUCUUUCACGGACUCGGAAAUUGUCGUCAUGCUUGGCGAGAACGGCACCGGCAAGACAACUUUCAUUCGUAUGCUCGCCGGCCUGAUGAAACCUGACGAUCCAACCGUGGAAGUCCCAGAGUUGAACGUCAGUUACAAACCUCAGAAGAUUUCUCCUCGCUUUGAAGGAACCGUGCGACAGCUCCUGUACAACAAAAUCCGAGACUCGUGGACGCACCCGCAGUUCAUGACUGAUGUGACAAAGCCAAUGAAUAUGGAACCGUUGCUGGACCAAGAAGUGCGACAUUUGUCUGGUGGAGAGUUGCAACGUGUGGCGCUGGUGAUGGCGCUUGGGAAACCUGCUGACAUUUACCUGAUUGACGAACCAAGUGCGUACCUAGAUUCAGAACAACGUAUCAUCGCGGCCAAGAUGAUCAAGAGAUAUAUCCUUCACUCGAAGAAGACUGCUUUUGUGGUAGAGCAUGACUUUAUUAUGAGCUCGUAUCUUGCCGACCGGAUAGUUGUGUAUGAGGGAACACCGGCUAAAGACUGUAUAGCGUGCACGCCGCAAAACCUUGUGUCAGGAAUGAACCGAUUUUUGAAGAAUUUGGAGAUUACGUUCAGAAGAGACCCAACGAAUUUCCGCCCAAGAAUUAACAAGAUCGACUCCGUCAAGGAUAGGGAGCAAAAGCUUUCGGGGCAAUACUUUUAUGUGGAUGUCGCCUCUGACGACAGGGAUGCGGACUAAACUGCACUGACUCGUACGAUCUCCGCCUCAAAGAGAUGUUGUCGCACAGCAGGAGCCACCAAAUCGCCAGGGCGGACUCUCGCGCUUUGGAUUGCGUUUCGAGUGCGCUUCACGCUGCAAUACAGCAAUCCAGAUGGGGGUAGUAGCAAGCCUUAGCACAUCAGUGUGGCAAUUAGCAACAAUGUCAGAGAGCUAGAGCCUAGGCAUGCUCCCCCGCGGACAGCCCGUCCCUUUUGAAUAGAACAAUCAGUUGCAGGCGUUGACUGAAAGAAUGAAGUGAGUGAACCGACAA